GGCGCAGUGCAGACCGGGGCGAAAAACACGGAAGAGCCGUUCAGAGCAGCAGCAGCGGCAGCGGAGACGGUUUAACGGUCGUGGAGAAUCCAUGGCAACAAGCAACAGCUCGCUGUAAUCUCUCUAAUAACUAGUUUCCGGAGAUAACAGGCUUCCUAAAGUUAAUACUUCGCUGGACUUCGCCCCGGACAGCUCGUGAAGUAACGUAAUGAUGGCGGCGACGGUGUAGAGCAGCGGAAGAAGAUGCCUGCUCGUAACGCCGUGUCGGGUAAAGUCGGGUACUCCCGCGUGGCCUCCGAUGAUGACGGCUACAUCGAUUUACAGUUCAAACGGAGCCCGCCCAAAGUCCCGUACAAAGCCAUAGCGCUCGCCACGGUGCUCUUCCUAAUCGGCUCUCUGUUGAUCGUCAUCGGCUCCCUUCUCCUGGCCGGGUACUUCGGGGUCACUCACUCGGACCGAACCGUGCCCGUCCUCAUCAUCGGGGUCCUCGUCUUCCUGCCUGGAAUUUACCACCUGCGAAUAGCUUACUAUGCAUCAAAGGGUUACCGUGGCUACUCCUACGACGAUAUCCCGGACUUUGAUGACUGAAACACCAAAGCUUCAUACCCAGUCUUCCUGUACUUACGUAUACUCUUAGUAUUCUGCUUUGGCUAAUUCAAGGGCACUGAUGUUUUCAAAGAAUAUGAGUUUAAAACAUAGUCCUUAAAGAUAAGGGAUGUAGCAGCUGCGACGUCACCCAUUGGUUGGUGGACUGCCGUUUAACAGCCUUGUGUUUCGCAUUUUGGUAAUUGCUAUCCUGUUUUUGUUUUUUUUAACGGAUGUGACGGUUGACCGUCUGUGAUCGGAACGAUUUUGAUGUUAUUGUCAUGAAGAUAUAUGACAGCCUGCUGUUAGGAAACCCAAUCAGCAUCAGACAACGUUUUAUUUGUAUAUUUGUUUUGUUAGCUUGAUGAAUUAAUUAAACUUUAAAUUAAAGAGUA